AGGGGUAAGCAGAGGAGGAAAGACAGCGGUGAAGGGGACACUCUUUGCUAUCGGGUACCUAUGCAAAUUCGUGGAAGAGAACUGGAACUGUCCGGCUAAAGCCGAGCACAGGAGGGGGGUGAGAGAGGAGAGGGAAACAUAGAAAGGGUCGAGGGUAAGAUGACUCCUACGCUCAGGAACAUGGAGAGUGGUGGCAGAAAGAGAAGCUGGACUGCAACCUCAAAAAGCCACAAUUGUUGUCAUUUUGUCUUUGACAUUCAUUCAUCUCCACCACUUUCUCACCUUCCACUGAUGUGAGGAGACAUGAAGGUGAAGGACCGUGCAGACAGACUGUCUCACACUAAGCUAUGGAAUGCUCCCUGCACCCACCAUCACUAGUCUCCAAUCUUUGGACUGAGCUCCAAACGCUUAGUUAGCGGCUGUGCUUCUCCCCUCGAACUCUUUAUAACCAGGGGACGAAGAAAAGGAAAGGGCUUAUCAAGUCCUCCGCUAAAAAACGCACAGAGCACUUCUUUUUUUUUUUUUUUUAGAAUAUUUAAGCUAGUUUUUCUCCACUUGAAUUUUUUGUCUGGUGAAAUUACAUCAAGAUGGAUCUGGAACCGUACCUAUGGAUGGUCAUUAUUGGCUUCAUCAUUGCCUUCAUAUUGGCCUUUUCAGUCGGCGCCAAUGAUGUGGCCAAUUCUUUCGGAACAGCAGUGGGGUCCGGUGUGGUCACACUGAAGCAGGCCUGUAUCCUGGCAUCUAUCUUUGAGACGCUGGGCUCGAUGCUACUAGGGGCCAAAGUGGGUGAGACGAUCCGAAAGGGCAUCAUAGAUGUCAACCUGUACAAUGAAACGGUGCCCGUGCUCAUGGCAGGGGAGGUCAGCGCCAUGGUCGGGUCAGCAGUCUGGCAGCUAAUCGCCUCCUUCCUCAAACUGCCUGUCUCUGGGACUCACUGCAUUGUUGGCGCCACCAUCGGCUUCUCCAUGGUGGCCAUCGGCACCAGGGGCGUACAGUGGAUGCAGCUCGUCAAGAUCGUGUCAUCGUGGUUCAUCUCCCCCUUGCUCUCUGGACUCAUGUCUGGUCUCCUCUUCAUGCUUAUCAGACACUUCAUCCUCAUCAAGGACGACUGUGUUCCCAACGGCUUGCGAGCGCUCCCCCUCUUCUACGCCUCCACAAUUGGGAUCAACACAUUCUCCAUCAUGUACACUGGAGCUCCAUUGCUUGGGUUAGAGAUGCUACCGGUGUGGGCCAUCUUUCUCAUUACUUUAGCUGAGUCGCUGAUCUGUGCAGGCCUGGUGUGGAUAUUCGUCUGUCCCUGGAUGAGGAGGAAAAUAGCAAGUCGUCUAAAGAAGGAGCAGGCUCUGUCCCGGAUCUCUGAUGAGAGCCUGGACAAGAUACCAGAGGAGGAGGAAGAGAGCCCCGUCUUUAAGGAGCUACCAGGGGCCAAGGGCACAGAUGAGGCUGUGUUGCCGCUCACUGGGGGCAGCAGUGAACGGGGCACCCGCGACUCCAGUGGAGAGCUCACCAACCUGGCUAAUGGAGGCACGGUCCUGCCAAAUGGCAGGGUGUAUGGCCGGACCCACUCAAUGACCAACGGCUGCCUCAAGUCACCCAUCUCCAACGGCAGCUUCUCCUUCGAUGGCCACAUGCGCAGCGAUGGCCAGGUCUACCACACUGUGCACAAGGACUCAGGUCUGUAUAAAGAUCUGCUUCACAAAAUCCACCUGGGCCGCAUGGAUGACAGCGACCGCUCGGGCUCCAACGCCGGCCCAGCUGACAACAAUUACCGCCUGCUGCGCCGCAACAACAGCUACACAUGCUACACAGCUGCUAUAUGCGGCAUGCCCGUCCAGCCGCUCAUCCGUACAGAAUCACGCGAAGACAGUGAAAAGUUGGUGGGAGAGGGAGGCGGCAGGAGCAACAGCGUGUCCUACACCAAGAAGAGGGUACGCUACGAUAGCUACUCAUCGUACUGUAACGCUGUGGCGGAGGCUGAGAUCGAGGCAGAGGAGGGUGGGGUGGAGAUGAAGCUAGCCACAGAGCUGGAGGGGGUGGAGGAAGAGGGGGCUCCAGCUCCGGUCCCUCUGGACGACUUGGCCGAGGAGGAUCACGAGGAGAAAGAUAAGCCUGAGGUGUACCUGCUUUUCCACUUCCUGCAGAUCCUAACCGCCUGCUUCGGCUCCUUUGCCCACGGAGGAAACGAUGUCAGUAAUGCCAUUGGGCCCCUAGUGGCACUGUGGAUGAUCUAUGACCAGGGCGGUGUCAUGCAGGACGCCGCCACCCCCGUCUGGCUGCUGUUUUACGGUGGUAUAGGCAUCUGUGCCGGCCUGUGGGUGUGGGGCCGCCGCGUCAUCCAGACCAUGGGGAAAGACCUGACUCCCAUCACCCCCUCAAGUGGAUUCACUAUUGAACUGGCUUCUGCACUCACAGUCGUGUUGGCUUCCAAUAUCGGAAUCCCUGUCAGUACCACACACUGCAAGGUGGGCUCGGUGGUGGCCGUGGGUUGGAUCCGCUCCCAGAAAGCAGUGGACUGGCGGCUCUUCAGGAACAUCUUCCUGGCGUGGUUCGUCACAGUGCCCGUGGCCGGCCUGUUCAGCGCUGCCGUCAUGGCCCUAUUCGUCUACGGCAUCCUGCCCUACGUCUGAAGGGCACGUGGCUGGGAGGGAGAACAGAGGAAGAUGAGAUAGUCAGAGGGAGAGAGAGAGAGGGAGUUGCAGAUAAAGGAGAAGGAAAUGAAGAGAGCGAAAGGACAGGGGUGACGAGCGUUCAGAGGUGAACAGAUGGACUUGGUUGUACUGUGGAUGUGAGGAGGGUUGGUUCAUAUGCUGCCUGGCUCCGUAGUCCAGAGAUCUUUUUUGACUCAUUUGAGUUUCUGAUCGGUUUUUAUUUAUUCUCGUUUUGGGGUGCAUAAGAAAGUGUGUAACCAACGUGUUCACCAUACCAUUCAAUCUGCUGUACAUAUGACAAUAAUAGGGAGCUUUCCAGUAACUCUUUACAAGAAUUAUGGUUGCUGGGGAAACAUUUUCAUUUUCUGUCUCUUCAUUUAAAAAAAGAAUCAUGAGCUUAAAAAAAAAGAGAGAAAGCACACGACUAAAAAUAAUCAUACGGUUAAUU